AUGCCUACUGCCUCUGCCGUCAACUCUUUACCACUUCCGAAGCUUGGACCAUCGAUUGUUAUCCCGCCUCAUCUGAACGACAACAACGCAGCUUCUUCGAGUCCGCCAACAACGCCGGACGAGCUCGACUCGGACGUGGUCGACUCUCCCCAAGGCGCGGGAGGGGAGGGAGAUGCAAUAUCUCCCCCUACUGGGGCGGCCAAGAAGAAGAAGAAGAAGGCUAAGAAGAAGAAGGAGACAGCGAAUGGGAAUGGCCAGUCGGCAGGGGCUGGGAAUGGCAAUGGGGUGAAGAAAGAGCCCGAUCCGCCUGUUCUGUGCAUUAGCAGGAACAAGCAUUGGCGGUAUAUCAGCUCUUAUCAUGGCCCAUGGUUACAACUCCCAGUUGAGGUUCUCGAAUCUCUGCUCCUCGCUCUAACGGCCGAAGCGGACGCCUCCCCUCCCUCCUCACCCAAUUUCUCUUCCGCAUUCCGACCACGGCGCACACAGCUGCGCGGCUUACUCUCUCCCCCCUCGGCUCGUUCUCGGAGCGCCCGUUCGCCCAACGGAACCGAUUCCUCGUCCACUGCUUUGACCAAGUUCGAUCCUAGCGCGCUGGACUAUCCUAUUUCUCCUUUCGACACCGGGCCCGCGCCUCCACCUAUAGACCCAGGAGUCGUUCGCAGCGUCACCCAGAUCCGACGACUGAUCGACGAGGCCUCUGACCUGGCCGUGCGGGCCGCUUCGGGCUUAUCUGCAGCAAGCCUGGCGAGCAUGCCCAGUCAUGCGAACCAGAACGUAUGGAGCGCUGCCCAGACCCUCGGACUGAACCCGAUGGGGAACGAAGGAGGGAGGGGAAGGGACGGGAUGAGCGCGGUGCGUACGCAUAGGCUCAGAGCACUUGCGGUGCAGAGGCUGGCACAAGCAUAUCGGACGGACGAGAUUGCUGCUAGUGUGAUGGUCAUGCAAGGCGCAAGCGCGCUGGAUGACGUAGCGCAGAGGGUGUUGAGACAGGAACCCAACAACGCCGACGCGAGAUAUGUGCAUUUCUUCCACGAGAAGAUCCCUUCACGACAAUUGGCUGAGUCAACGCCGACCACUGUCUUAGAUGAGCUGAUCGCGAGCAAUCCUCUGCACCUGGAAUACUACCGAACGCGAGGUAUCGUCCGGUGCUUCAGGGAUGAAUUCUCCUUGGCAUGUAAGGACUUCACCAAUGCCAUCAGGCAGUCGAUCCAAUUGCGCAAGGCGCGACGCGCGCACGAGGUCGAAGCAGAGAAGAAACCGAAUCGGUUGAUGGCCCAAUCAAAAUGUGGAAAGAAAAGCAAGAAAGGCGGGAGACAUCAUGAUCAUCGGCAGUUCGGCGUUGCGAAUGGGAAUGCGGACGAUGAGGAUGCAGCCGUGAACGACGACUCUCUUCGUUCAACAUCGGUGGAACCGCCGAGCCCGCUCGAGACUCAGUGUCUGUUCCUUCGUGGUGCUGCCUAUCUGCAACAUGCCAUCUUCCAGAUCGAGCAAGCGUGUCUCAACCUGGAAGGCGUCCGCAAGCCCACAUCACCUGAUCUGCCCGAACUCAGGUUAUGCUAUCUCGAUCAUGGGCAGUUCGGCGGAACGGAGAUCGGCAACCCAGAUGGUCCACUAGGGCCCAAGGAAGGCUCAAAGUUGCGUGCAUAUAGGGCAAGGCUCGGUGACCCGACUUUCCGCGCCUCCAUCAUUGCCUUUGUGAAGAAGAGCUUGCGAGAUCAUGAGCGCUUCCUAGGCCACUUCGAAACGCUCGAGACGGGUGCGAGCUUCCCCGGCAACCUGGCCGAAAGGGUGGAAGCGGCGUUCUUGCUCUCCGAAUCUCAACGCCCUGGGCAGCAGCGAGAGCGCCAGAUACAAUUGGCCGCAUAUCAGGCGUCGUCCCAAACGAACCUCGCCCCUCCCCCACUUCCCAUUCCUGACGGCCCAGCACCGCUUACGACAUACCAUCCUCUCCUUGUGGAAUCACAUUUCAGUAUCUUGAUCUGUUACCUCGUCCUGGGUGACUUUGCGGGCUUGCUUGCCGCUUUCCAGCGAACGGCGCUGCUUGUUGACGGCUUGGACGGAUGUCCCAUCUUCUUACCAGCGCGGAGCAUGGCUCAAGCCGAGUUUAUUGAAGUACUCGAACGGCUUGCUUCGGGCUGGAGAAUGGGCGCGGUGCCUCACAGCCUGUCCCUCCGGCGUCUGGCAAUCGAGGCUGGUCCACCUAUUCCGCCAAUCCGGAUUUCCUCACCCUCUUCAAGCAGCACAGCCUCUCCCGAGCCAUCUGAAGCAUCGUCGAGUAUCUCUAAUGCAAUCGCCUCUGGCUCCACUUCGGCCGUCACUUCAACAUCCUCGUUGCCAUCAUCGAGAAGCGACACGCCCCUGUCAAUGUCGGUGUCUCUACCCUUGUCUAACUACAAAGGCAAAGGCGUUUUAUACGACGAUCCGACUGCUUCCAACCCUUUCGCUGCCGGCGCCAGCCUUGUAGAGCACCUGGACGCGUUGCGGAUGCUUCUCGCUCCCGUCGCCGCGCGCCAAAGACGGAAAGCCGAAAAGGAACGCGCUGAUCGCGCUGCCGGAGUGGAGAAGAAGAAAGGACUGAUAAACAUACCGCUGCAUGGGCCGAGGGUGGAGAUCGUCCUAGCUUGGGUCGCUGCCGUACACCUGCCAGAUUUAGAGGGUAUCCCGCAGCCUGGCAUGCAUGCGUAA